CAGCUAGUAGUUUAAGCAUUUGGUCACUUUGAGACAAAUGUGAAUAAUUUUAUAAAUAAACAAAUGUCUAACAAAUAUCUAUUAAUAGUAUUGUCUAUAUUACCCAAUUCUUUAUAUGCGGCACACAUAUUGUCAUUAUUUGCAAUGCCCGUACCUUCUCAAUAUGCCUUUAUAGAGCCGUUACUAAAGGAAUUGGCGGCACGAGGCCAUCAAAUAACGUCCAUAACAAGUUUUCCACAAAAACAACCAAUACCCAAUUUUCGUGAUGUUGUGGUUAAGAAAAAUAAUAAUUUAUUUAUAGAUUUUCAAAAUUUUACCGUGGAUAAUAUUGAGGCAAAUUACUAUGAGAUAGUAGAUGAAAUGUAUAAUCGAGCUUUCCAAAUGUGUAUAAACGUACAAAAUGAUGCCGCAGUUCGUCAAAUAUUGGAUCAGGAGAAAAUUGAUUUAAUUAUUUUGGAGGUAUUCUUUUCGGAAUCAUUUUUUGGUUUGUCAGAGUAUUUGCAGGCACCAAUUGUGGGUGUAUCAACCUUGGGUACCAUGAUUUCAAUUGAUGAAUUGGUGGGUAAUAUAAGUCCCAUGUCAUAUUUACCAAACUUAAUUUUACCUCUGCAUGAAAUGACUUUUUGGGAAAGACUUUUAAAUGUUAUGUUAUAUUUUGUGGAAUUGGCUCAUUAUUAUCGCAAAUAUAUGCCGAUACAAAAACAAAUCUAUAAUUUUUACUAUACCAAUGCAAAACUAACAUUUGAAGAAGCUCAAACAAAUUUCUCUUUGGUUCUGUUGAAUGAUCAUUUUUCCUUAACGACACCCAGACCUUAUGUACCCAAUAUGAUUGAAGUGGCUGGUUUAAAUAUUGUAACAAAUCCCGAACCUUUAACUCCAGUUGUCAAGCAAAUUUUGGAUAGUGGCCGUAAAGGAGUUAUUCUAAUAUCUUUAGAUGUUAAAUUGAAUCCCCAGACGGUGAAUAUAUUUCUACAACAAUUUAAGUCCAUGCCUCAGCUAAUACUUUGGAAGACUUCCCAGAAAAUUCCUAAUCCACCGCCAAAUGUUUAUGUAUCCCCCAACUUUGUUGAAGCCUCUAUACUACCACACCCUAAUAUACAACUAUAUAUAACUCCUGGUGGUUUUCUUAGCAUUAUAGAAAGCGUCUAUCAUGGUCUACCGAUUUUAGGUGUGGUAUCUACCGAAAAGCAAGAGGAUUAUGUGGAUUAUGUCAAGAGAGUUGGCAAUGGAGUGUCCAUUAAAUUACAUACCAUAUCAGAAAAAAGUUUUGCAAAAGCAUUCAAUGAACUGUUAGGAUCUCCAUACUAUACCAAUAUUGCCAAAACCUUAUCGCAUAGAUUUCGUGAUCAACAAAACACACCCAUGGAACGAGCUGUCUAUUGGAUUGAAUAUGUUUUACGUCAUAAAGGUGCCAGACAUUUACGCAAUAUGGGACAGAAUUUGACUUGGUGGCAAUUCUACAAUAUAGAUGUAAUCUUUGCAAUAUUAUGUGUAUUUGCCUUAAUAACUUUUUUAGCUUUAGUAUUUGUAAAGAUUUUGAUUCAAUUCUUAUGGAAAUUAAAAACAAAAAGAAAGCUCAGUAAUGUUAAUAAAGAGAAGAAAGUCUAACAUCAUCUAGUUCCGAUUAUAGUAUUGUAGGGUAUAGUAAGAAAUAAUAUAAUAUAUUUUAUAAGCAAUUAAUUUGAACAGAUACAUUAAAUAAAAUAAAUUAAUCAUUUAGACAGUAGUUGUACAAAGUUUUGAUUUCACUUAGGUAUCAAAUAAUAAACAAAAACACAAUUCAUAAUUAUUGUAAUAAUUAUAUUUAUACGUAUGUAUUUGACAAAUAAAAAAAGGA